AUGACACCUAUUUUUCCCAAAAAAAAAAAAAGAUCAUCUACCAUAUAUAACCAGGAUACUCUUUUUAGUGAUAAAAUUUGCGCUGUUUUUUCUGUAGAAGUUGAUAAAAGUGGUGUGAGAUUUUCAGCCUUCAUAAAAACAACCCCGAUUCAAAGUACUUUAAACAAAAGAUACCGAGAUAAAUAUGUUAAAUGGCGUUUAACCCAAAUUAAAAAUAAUGAUAAAAAGUUAAAUCAUUCAUUCAAUCAUUUGCUUUCACUUCGUGAAACCAAAGAAUAUAAAACCUACAUCAACGCUACUUGUAUUUAUGUUGCUAGGACAACUAAGGAUACCCCAUGGUUUUCAACACAAAUUACACCACCCUCUAUGUGUACUAUAUGGUACUUUGGAACCGUCUCUGGUUUUCUAAAAAACACAGAAAUUGGAAAAGUUGAAUUUGAGUACGAUAUUCAGUACAAGGAAAUAGCUGCUAAGCAGCUCAAUACUCAAAUAAAUGACCAAUAUCGGUUUUUUGGAAACAGAGAAUUGGAUUUCGAGUAUAUUAGAAAUAAAGAGACAGUGUUUGAAAAUGAUAGUAUAGGGGAUCAAAAAAAUGUUAGUAAAGGGGACCUAGAAGAUGAUAGUGGAGAGGAUCAAGACGACAAUAGCAGAGGGAACCAAGAUGAUAGUAGAGGUAACCAAGAAAGUGAUAGUAAAGGGAAUCAAGAAAAUAAUAGAGGGAACCAACCUGAAAUAAUUGAAUUGUUAAGCGAUGAAGACCAAACACCAGAGAUAAUUGAAAUUUCAAGUGAUGAAGAAAGCCAAAUACCUGAAAUAAUCGAAUUAUCAAGCGAUGAAGAGGUGUUUGAAAAAAAACUAAUUGCUAUUUCUAGAGAACAAACUCCCGAAACAGCUGAAAUAAAAUUAAAUCUAUAG